UUUGGGAAAUAAGUGAACUUGCCGGUGAAGUAGCAGGCAUAAUAAGAGUCAGUGUUUCAGGCUGCAGAGACAGGGUUGCAGCUGCAUUCCAGCAUAGAGAAAGACAGAGUUCUUCAGUGUUUCUAGGGUGUAUAUUUGUGCCAGAUGUGAAGUGCCUUGAUGUGUUCUUUUACUAAGAAUCGCAUAUUAUAGUGUAUUAGGUAAGAAGGAGAUGCCAGAAAAUGUGAAUUCUUCUCUCUGGACGUUCCCAAUUUAGUAAAAGGUUACAGACCAAUGAAAUUGAGAAACAGCACAACGCUAAAUAUUGGUUCUCUUGCAGGCCAUAAGAGGAUAUCAGAUCUAAAGCUGGAGUUACAGGCAGUUAAACAGAACUCUGGUCCUCUGCAAGAGCAGUAAGUUUUUAGAAGUUUAGCUCUCAAAAUGGGCAGAAUCUUCCUUGACCAUAUCGGUGGUACCCGUCUGUUUUCUUGUGCAAACUGUGAUACGAUCCUGACCAACCGCUCAGAACUCAUCUCUACGAGGUUCACAGGCGCCACUGGUAGAGCGUUUCUUUUUAACAAGGUAGUUAACUUGCAGUACAGUGAAGUUCAAGAUCGGGUCAUGCUCACUGGCCGCCACAUGGUUCGAGAUGUGAGCUGCAAAAACUGCAAUAGCAAACUGGGCUGGAUCUAUGAGUUUGCUACUGAAGACAGCCAGCGUUAUAAGGAAGGCCGUGUGAUCCUGGAACGUGCACUAGUUCGAGAGAGUGAAGGCUUUGAGGAGCAUGUACCAUCUGAUAACUCUUGAAGAAGAAAGAUAAAUCCAUCUUUUCCCAGGUCUCCUUCACUGAAAACAAAAAUCUACUUACAUACACUGUCACCUUAGCAUCAGCGUCGGAUUCAUGAACUGCGGAACAAGAGGGUGUGAGAAUCUUGAGAUGGAAUCUUUCUUUCUCUUUUUUUUUUUUUAAUUUUGUAUUUCCCAUCCAACAGCAGUUUGUAGAGAGAAUAUUUUGCAGAUGCCGUUAAUUUUUUCCCUAUGUUUACAUCUUGAGGCAUAAGAGUCUGCAGCUACAUGGUGGGCUAUAUGAGGGGAAAAAAUUGGGGCUCCUAGAGUGAAAAGGAGUGUUUUGUAUACAUUUUGAGUAGAAAAUAUGUCAAGAGCAUGGUUUUUAAACUUAUUUGGGCUUCAUUUUAAACUUUGUUUUAAACCCAGUCAUUUCACUUAAUUUGCUAGCUUCAAGAAGAGAUCUGAAUCUGUGCCUGGCGCUGGAGGCUCAGUGUUAGCAUGGCUUGUGCUGGCCAAUGUGCCAUAUUCUUGUUGGAGAGGAACUGUAGCACCAGAACCCAUUCUUCCUUGUCAGACUUGACCCACAGAUGUCACCUUCCCUAGCUCCUUGUCACCAUGUACUUGGUGUUGAUUGGAAACUUUCUGAAAUGGGGCAGAACUGCUUGGCUGUCUUUCCCAUGUAACUUAAGCAUAGUAAUAUAAAUAAAGUGAUAGUUGGAUGUUUUGGUCCUGUGUUACUUCUAAAAAUACUGUGUAAAAGAGCAGAGGUUUGAUAAGUGAAUUUCUUAGUAGGUAAAGUGUUUUCUUCUCAAUCUUAAGCUGCAUUGACUAUGUAUAAAGUAUUUGUGUAAAUGGAAGCAUACUGUUUAAAUCCACAGUAUUGCAUUUAGAAAACAGUUGAGCAGAAUGUCAGUGUGCAUCCUUGCAUAAACCAUUAAUCUGCAUCUGUUCUAAAAGAAGGGAAGAAAAUGAAGCAGCUUAUCUAAAAAUACUGCUUCCCAGUGUUUCAGCCUUCCCCCUUCGAGUUGAUUUUGACAAGUCUGUAGCGCCUAAUAGUUUCAUCAAAAGACGGGAUCUCCCCUUAGCAUUUUUUUUCACUUAGAAGUUCAGCCAUUGCAUUUGAGCUGCACUUGAUGCCCUCUGUUGGAAAGGGUCAGAUUUGACCCAGCUUAGCCCCAAAUGUAUGACAUUACAAAGUAUUAGAAUAUGCUUCUUCAUCUGAACCACUUCUGGGCAAACUGGUACUUGCUUUUGGUGAAAUAAAGGACAGUGAAAUCGGCUAGUUAUACAAAUGAACAGAUGGAUGUUUGUAUGCUCAGCUUCCAGGUCUAAUGAAGGAUUUUUGCCUGAGUUGAAUAAGUGAAAUCUUUCUGUCAUUGAUAUUAAAAGUAAUUUCUGAGUGCACUAAAGCUUCUCAUAGUUGGCUUUGCACUCUUGGUUAGUGGCAUGGUUGUUGAUUGAGUAGGGAUAAUAUCAUACUCCAUUUUCAAUGAGUGAACACAACUCUGUCUUCAACUUGAAAGAAAGCUUCAGGACUUCAGAAUCGUAUUUGUUUUCACGGAUUUCCACACUGGCCUGUGAUAUGCGGACUCCUAGUCGCAUGCCUCACCUGCAGCACCGAGUGCAUUGCUGUCAAAAUAAAGGAUAUUUUGUUGUGUGUUGGUGCAGAA